AUUAUUGACAGAUGGUUCGACCAAUCACAUUAAAGCACUGGAGCCAGCCAGCCAAUAACAAUCAUCUUGAAUAGGUCUGGCUGUUCUACGGUUCAACGACAUUUCAGUGAGUACAUCCAUACUGUCCUUCCUCUUCAUCAUGGCGUCUGGAGCGUUGUUCCCCAGCAUGGUGUCUGGGUCCCGUGGCUCUUCCAGCAAGUACCUGGUGGAGUUUCGGGCCGGUAAGAUGACCAUGAAAGGCAGCACGGUGACCCCUGACAAGCGCAAAGGUCAGGUCUACAUUCAGCAGACCGACGACUCCCUGAUCCACUUCUGCUGGAAGGAUCGGACGACCGGGAACGUGGACGACGACUUGAUCAUCUUCCCGGAUGACUGCGAGUUCAAGCGCGUGAGCCAGUGCACCACGGGACGGGUCUAUGUGCUGAAGUUCAAAGCCGGUUCCAAAAGGCUCUUCUUCUGGAUUCAGGAGCCCAAGACUGAUAAGGACGAGGAGCACUGCCGCAAAGUGAACGAGUAUCUCAACAACCCUCCGAUGCCCGGCGCGCUCGGUAGCGGCGGCAGCGGAGGACACGACCUGUCCGCUCUGGGAGGGGAGGGCGGCCUGCAGAGCCUUCUGGGUAACAUGAGCCACAACCAGCUGAUGCAGCUCAUCGGACCGACGGGACUGGGCGGGAUCGGGGGUCUCGGGGCGCUGGCGGGACCAGGCUUGGCCAACCUCCUGGGCGGCGGCGGCGGCAGCAGCAGCAGCGUCCCUGCUGCCAGUAACUCCUCCACAAGUCCAUCCACAGCCGUCACACCAACCUCCACCUCGACUGCCAGUCGGCUCGGCUCCACCCAGGUCCCCACCACCCCCAUCACUCCCUCGGCCACCUCGGCCGCCUCCCCCACGGCCUCCACACCCCCCACGCCGGCCGUCCCCUCAGCGGCGAGCCCCGCACAGCCGAUCCAGCUCAGAGACCUGCAGAGCAUCCUGGCCACCAUGAACGUGCCCGCCAGCGGACAAGGAGUGGACCUUGCCAGCGUCCUGACACCUGAGAUCAUGGCCCCCAUCCUGGUGAACCCCGAGGUGCAGCAGAGGCUGAUGCCGUAUCUGCCCUCCGGGGAGUCCCUGCCUCAGAGCACCGAGGAGCUCCAGAACACGCUCAGCUCGCCCCAGUUCCAGCAGGCCAUGAGCAUGUUCAGCAGCGCGCUGGCCUCCGGUCAGUUAGGGCCUCUGAUGAACCAGUUUGGUCUUCCUGCAGAAGCUGUGGAUGCAGCAAACAAAGGAGACGUCGAGGCUUUUGCAAAAGCCAUGGAGACGGAGACAAAGGUGGACCAAGACGGAGAUUCUAAAGACAAGAAGGACGACGAUGAAGACAUGAGUCUGGACUAAGUUUAUUAGUAUUUAAGACUGUGUGCAGUGAUGAGAAAGGUGCAAGAGAGAAGAGUCCUCCGGACGUCACAGCGCAAGUUCCAUCUACAAAUACUCGGACGCACCAAACAAAACGGACACAGGAAGACAAAAAUAAAAGCACAAUCAACGUGCUCAUCCAACAGCUCCAACAUAGAGUUCAAGACCACGCAGCGCGGACAGAAAGACAUCCAGGGAGACGCCGCGUGACAUCGAGUCGAGUCGAAGCUCCGC